CAAAGACCAGUGGUUUACGCUCGUUUAUCUGCGGUCCUCGUCAUGUCGGACCAAGUCGGAGACAUAACGCUUGGAGUGCAUUUUACCGGUUCCAAUAUCACGCUUGUUCGUGAAAGCUACUUUGAUGAUGGAAAUAUGAUCAACGACGAGCAAUUGCCCCUAGAAAAACCUUACAGACCACGAUAUGUCUACUGGGAUGUAACUACCGCUGCUCAAAAGCUACAAAACCUGUUAUUUAGAGAAGCUUAUCCGUUGACAUUUACAGUCAAGUAUACAGACAUUAAAGAAGACUCACGUGAUAGUGCAAUUGACCUUAAUAAUGGUCUCAGCACACGUACAAAUAUUCUGUGGCCAGGAAGUCACAUGGCAUUGCAACUGUAUACGGGACCUAGUUUGGAAGUAAACAAGAUAUAUGGUGGUCGCAAACGCAGUCGUCGUUCGUCGCUCCAGAAUAAAAUGGAUGACAAAAUGCCAGAUGGAUGUCCCGGAUUCAACCAUCCUUAUAGUACUCACUUUAAGUGUUGCCUAUUCAAGUACGAAUUGAACGGAAAUCAAAUCAGCAGCACCACCUUUACUCGACCAUUUUUUCUCCCUCCAACUCUGGAGUUGAACAUGUGUCGUGGACGGUGUGAUCUGCUCGAUGUACCAGUGGACAAUCAACACACCACCCUUCUCUCUCAGUACUAUCGAGGGCUACCGAAGCAGGACCAAGUGGUGGUCCGAAGUUUUAUGCCUUGUUGUGCGGCUGACAAGGCCAGUGAUUUGGUCAUAUAUUACUACGAUGCAGAUAAGAAUCUUAAAAGGGAUAUCCUACCUCGGGCUAUAAAAAGGAGUUGUGUUUGCAAAUAAAUUAUUUUAAGAAUAAACAUUCAUUAGUUAGCCACGAUCAUCCAUUGAUUUCCC